AUGGAAGAAAUUAUCGGAUCAGGUGAUGCCACUCCAGGGUCUAUGAAGAGGGCUGGCUCAGUUGACCCACCAGGCAAGGUGAAAAAGGCUAGAUACUCUUCUGGUGCCUUAGGAAGCCCAGGUCCAGCCAUUAAGUGGACAGAGAGUGGUAAACCUAUAGUGAAACAGUACUGUGAUGGGGUUGUGAAUUUCCUGCUGAAGGUAGCCUGCCAGGUGAGUGAGGUAGCAGGCUUGCCGGGAGAGGUGCUGUGGAGGAGAUGUGUGGCACUGUUGAAAAUGGCCUUGAGACAGGAUGUAUGGCUUGGUUUGAUAAGCUGUAGAAAGUCAGCAGCCAGAUUUCAACAACAUAUGUACAGCCUUAGACUUAUUGUGCUUCCUUCUAACUAUACUGAUAUUCCAAUGGCUGUGAGCAUGAAAGAACAUGGCUUUGUGAUGAAGACCCUUUCCAUGAAUCAGUCAAGCACAUGUAUAUCUUUAAUUCAAAUGAGAGAAUGA